AUGGAGGCAAUGGAUGGAGCCAACCACUCUGUGGUGUCUGAGUUCGUGUUAUUAGGAUUCUCCAAUUUUUGGGCUAUGCAGUUCUUUCUCUUCCUCUUUUCCUGUGUGUUUUAUGUUGCAAGUCUGAUGGGAAACUUCCUCAUUGUGCUAACUGUGACAUCAGAUUCCCAUUUAAAGUCUCCCAUGUACUUCCUGUUAGCCAACCUUUCCAUCAUUGAUGUAAUAUUUUGCUCCUCCACAGCUCCCAAGAUGAUUUAUGACCUUUUCAGAAAGCACAAAACCAUCUCUUUUGAGGCCUGUGUACUUCAGAUCUUUCUCAUUCAUGCACUUGGGGGAACUGAGAUGGUGCUGCUCAUAGCCAUGGCCUUUGACCGAUAUGUGGCCAUAUGUAAACCUCUGCACUACCUGACCAUCAUGAGUCCACUAAGGUGCAUUUUGUUUUUAAUCACUUCCUGGAUUAUUGGUCUUGUUCAUUCAGUGAUUCAAUUGGCUUUUGUUGUCAACUUGCCCUUCUGUGGCCCUAAUGAAUUAGACAGCUUUUUUUGUGACCUUCCUCGAUUUAUAAGACUUGCUUGCACAGAGACCUUUACACUAGGAUUCAUGAUUACUGCCAAUAGUGGAUUUAUUUCUGUGGCUUCCUUUUUAAUUCUGAUCAUCUCUUAUAUUUUUAUUUUACUAACUGUUAAAAAAAACCUGUUGGGUGGUUUAUCCAAGGCCCUGUCUAGUCUGUCAGCUCAUGUUACUGUGGUGGUUUUGUUCUUUGGGCCAUUAAUAUUUUUCUAUAUAUGGCCAUUUCCCACAUCAGAUCUGGAUAAAUUCCUUGGCAUCUUUGAUGCACUUAUUACUCCUCUUCUAAAUCCUGUCAUCUAUACUUUUAGAAAUAAAGAGAUGAAGGUGGCAAUGAGAAGACUAUGCAAUUUGUAA